CUACAGGAGAAUCCGUAUGCUACACUGACCAUGACUUUGGCACAGACCAACUUCUGCAAGAAACAUGGAUUUGAUCCACAAAGUCCCCUUUGUGCUCACAUAAUACUGUCAGGAACUGUGACCAAGGUGAAUGAAACAGAAAUGGAUAUUGCAAAGCAUUCGUUAUUCAUUCGACACCCUGAGAUGAAAACCUGGCCUUCCAGCCAUAAUUGGUUCUUUGCUAAGUUGAAUAUAACCAAUAUCUGGGUCCUGGACUACUUUGGUGGACCAAAAAUCGUGACACCGGAAGAAUAUUAUAAUGUCACAGUUCAGUGAAGCAGACUGUGACGAAUUUAGCAACACUUAUGAAGUUUCUUAAAGUGGCUCAUACACACUUAAAGGGCUUAAUGUUUCUCUGGAAAGCAUCUCAGAAUGUUAGCCUGUUUUCUGUCACAUGCUGGUUUGUUUGCUUGCUUGUUUACGAAUAGAGUUGACCUGUUACUGGAUUUCUUGGAAGAUGUGGUUGCUACUUUUUUCAUAUUUUGAAGCCAUUUUCAUAGAGAAAUAUCCUUCACUAUAAUCAAAUAAGUUUUGUCCCAUCAAUUCCAAAGAUGUUUCCAGUGGUGCUCUUGAAGAGGAGUGAGUACCAGAUUUAAAUUGCCCAUUGGCAUUGAAGGUACUUGAGUAUGUGUUCUUUAUUUCUGGAAGCCACUGUGCUGGGUAGAGUGCGUCACUCACCACAGCUGCCUCCUGAGCUGUCUGAGCCUCGUGCAAAAGAUUGGCCCCCAUUAUGGUGCGCCUGAAUAAAUCUUGCCUAGAUAGACAGACAAUGAUGAAACUCAAAUGGAGCUUCCUACUCACGUUGAUUUAUGUCUCACAAUCCUGGGUAUUGUUAAUCCAACAUAGAGUGAAACUAUUUCUGAUAAAGAACUUUUUGAAAAACUUUUUACACUCUAAAGUGAUACUCAGAACAAAAGAAAGUCAUGAAACUCCUGAAUUUAAUUUCCCUACCUAAGUCGAGACUGUAUUAUCAAAACACAUGUGCACACAGAUUACUUUUUGGCCCCAAAACUGGAUUACAAAAGAAAGAGAAGAGUAUUUUGUGUGUUACUGGUAUUCUUUUAUAAGUAAAGUUUACCCAGCAUGGACCAGCUUCAACCAGGGACAAAAUCCCCUCCCAAACCACUCUCCACAGCUUUUUUAAAAUACUGCUACUCUUAACAAUUACCUAAACCUUCCUCAACUGCUCCAAAUCUCUUAAUAGCUUCUAGUGCUACUACGAUCUAAGGUCACCAGAGGGAAGAGAACAUGGCAUUAAAAGAAUCACAUCUUCAGAAGAGAAGACACUAAUAUUAUUACCCAUAUACAUGAUUUCAGAAGAUGACAUAAGAUUCCUCUUAAAGAGGAAAUGUCAGGAAUCAAGCCACUGAAUCCUUAAAUGACAAAGAGAAAAGUUGAAUAUGAGUCAUUGUGUCUGAAAACUACAAAGUGAACUUAACUGAGAUCCAGCAAACAGGUUCUGUUUAAGAAAAAUAAUUUAUACUAACUUCAGUAAAAUGGACUUCUUAUUCAAAGCAUCAAUAAUUAAAAGAAUUAUUUUAAUGAA